AGUAUGAGACAUAGUGAACUUACUGCAUUGUUCACCGACGUACGUGCCAAUCAUCAACAGCAUGUUUACGGUCACUUCAGGAUUAAGCAGUAUAAGAAGCCCAGUGUGCUUCAAUCGCCAACUCGAAAAUGAGCAAAUCUUCCAAAUCACAAACAGCGAUAAAGCUACCGAGUUUCCAGACCAUUAACGACAGCUUAUUUUCACGAAGUAGAAACACAAAAAUGUUUCAAUUCAUCAAGAAGCUUUUUAAACGACGCAAUGCCGAUCGUGGCGAAUUUCACAAAUUCAGCCAGUUGCCCCAAGAAAUACAGAACAUGAUCUGGGCCUAUGCUCUCUGUGUGGAUGCUCCGCGGGCCUACUUCGUGGACGUCAAAGAUUGGUUUCGCCAGCCAUGGCAAGUGAAAGCAGUACACACUCUCCCAACAAGCCUUGGGGAUUUCCCUCUCCCGCCCGCAUCAAACCCCAACAGCGACUACGGUCUGAUGCGAGUUUGCCGUGCGUCUUGUGAAGAGGUCACUCGAAGCUGGAGUCUUUGGCAGCCACGGGUCCCUGCGCGCAUAGUUCUCGCCAACUCACAUGACGGUGGCAGGAGGGCAAAGGCAUUUAGCAGCCUUUACAUUGAUGCAACCAGUGACUUGGUCCUGAUAGAUAGAUGGUGGCAAGAGCGCCGCUCUGUAAGUUCAUUCCAUGGCGUUACCGAAUUCAUGCUGCCAGGGAACAACCGAUACCAAGGUCUAGAAACUAUCAGAACCGUGGCUGUACCGGUCGACUCCAACCUCGAGAGAAGCUAUAAGCCCCAGUAUCUGAUUCAUCUCAAGGCGUUGUUUCCUGCAUUGCGAACAUUGUACCUAUACCUGCAGCCAAGACUCUUGAUUCCAGCCGAUUCACGCCAACAAGAGAUGCCCAUGAAUUUCCUCGCUCCUGAGUCUCGGAAAGACCAGGUGCCUCCAGCAAGAUUCAGGGCUCGCGGUCGCAUCUUCUACGAGAUCUGUCCCGUGAAGAUGAGAUCAGCCGGACUGCUUGUGCCUAGCUUCGAGGACGAUGUUAUUACCAUCAAGUUUAUGACUUGGCAGUGGAUCCAGUGAGGUCUUCUAUAUCCGUAGGAGAUAUGUACUUGAGCCUUUGGGGGAGAUCUGAACUCAGGGGGAGAUAAUGGUUAAUCAGGCUGGCAUUCGGAUCUGAUAUGGUGCAUGUUUAAUGCUCGGCAUUGCAGUAUCGGGCUUCCUAUGGGCGUUGAUGAUGAUUUGAACGUAUAUUUAUAAAUUCAGCUACAUAAAAAUACCUUAGAUACUCUCAUGAUAUGUCUUUCAG